GUUGGGAUAAUGAGCAGAGAUAUCAAGCUGUUGUUUACCCUGAACACAUUCACCAUCCUGCUUCCACCCUCGUCCCUCUUCCAAAUUCCAGUCCUACUUCGAUUACGAAUCCAAUCUCUAGCUGUCUUGGCUUCCGUUGCAGAGAUCCCAAUGGACGAAAGCCAGAUCUACGAGAAAGUUCAAGAAGCCUACAGUGCUGCCGUCAAAUGUAACAACAGUGAGUAUGGACGUAAGGUCGCUGCGGCAUUUGGAUACAGCGAGCAAGAGCUGGCAGGCACCCCCGACAGGGCUAAUCUCGGUCUGAGCUGCGGGAACCCAUUGGCGCUUGCAAAACUAAGAGAAGUACAUACAUCCCUCACGCUCCCUCGGCGUGGUUUUUCUUUGGCCAAACUGCGUGAUGUACGCCUCGAUCCAUUAUUUAACAGUCGAGCAGGGAGAGAUCGUUGUCGAUCUCGGUAGUGGAGCUGGGUUUGACGUGUUUCUUGCGGCCCAAAAGGUCGGGCCCAGAGGCAAAGCUAUCGGAGUAGAUAUGAACAAGGACAUGCUUGAGCGAGCAGAACGGAACAAAGGAAGGGCCCAAUCCGACAAUGUUUCAUUCGUGGAGUCCCGAAUCACCACAGUGGCAUUGCCAGACGCCAUUGCCGAUUGCAUCAUAAGUAAUUGCGUGGUAAAUCUUGUCCCAGAAGGACAAAAACAGCUCGUGUUCAACGAAAUGUUCCGGCUGUUGAAGACUGGUGGGCGCGUGGCAAUCAGCGAUAUUCUGACAAGAAAGGAGCUUUCACAGGAGCUGAAACGCGACAUGGCUCUCUAUGUGGGAUGCAUCGCGGGUGCAAGCCAAGUGAAACAGUACGAGCAGUAUCUUCAGACAGUAGGGUUUCACGAAAUUCUCAUCGUCGACGCCCAUCAUGAUUUAAAUGUGUACAAAAUGAAAGGGGCAGAAACUUCAAGCCACUGCUGUGGUACAGACGCGAAGAACCCCUGCUGUGAGAAGUCGUCUUCUUGCUGUGAUAACAAGACCCUCGAGCAAGGUGAUGCUUUCGAAAGCAGCCGUAAUAGCUUCGCUGACUUGGAUUUCAAUGAGUGGGCGGGCUCAUUCAAAAUUUAUGCGGUCAAAGCCUGAGUGAGUCCCUCUCAAUUGAAGCACAACAGAAUGUGCCCGUUUCGAAAUUUGUCGGAUUACCACGGACAGAGCAGGACAAGUUUCUGAACUUCCAAAGGCCGCAUGUUUUAAGCGUCGGAAACGUCAGAAACCAUUAAUAAGACCUUCUGCAUUGCCAUUUUUUGACUCUUACCUCGCGUUUUGAUCGCUUAACUGGAUCUAUCCUUAAAUGUCUCGACGGCUCGAAAUCCUAUGUAGACUGACAUUUGUGGUAAUUGCACAGCUUGGGU